AUGGUGAUGCCCACGGACCCGAUGCUAUGGCACAAGGUGGCCGCCGUCUCCGGGGUCGCUGCUCUUGGACUGGGCACCUAUGGAGCGCACAUGUUCCGCCCCCAGAACCCUAGAUACAAAGAGAUUUGGCAGACCGCGUCCCUGUACCAUCUCGUCCACACCGCGGCGCUGCUCGGGGCUCCCAUGACCAAGCGCCCCAACAUCGUCAGCAUUAACACCCGCAUCCUGCUUUUGCUUCUUUUUUUAAUCUAG